AUUUUAUAUAGCGCACCGCAGUACGCCUCGCUGCUAAAAAAUAAAAAUACCUGCACAUAUCCGCAAAGGGUAUAUUCCUAGUAAACGGACUGUUCACCGAUUUUGACGUGUUAUAUAUUGUUGAAUUCGUCUUGUUGAGUACAUUACUAAUUUCUAUGUCAUUGUUUGCGAAAAUUCGUUUUUUUGUGUAAAAUUUGCUGUAAACUUUCAAGAAAAAAGUAUGGUUAAGUAUGUUUUUUAUACAUUUAUGAACAGAAACAAAUGACAGCAUUCUUUUUAGACUGCUUUAAGUCUAAAAAGACAAUAGGUUAGGUUGGGUUAGGGCACAUCCAAUCCCGGCCGGCGUCAGCCGGCCGGCAAUAUUUCAGAAUCAGUAGUAAUAUCUUUCGAUUCUGUAGAAAAUGAAAACAUAUCAAACUUGGAUGAUUGAAUCUAUCCAUAUCAUGUAAGUAUGAAUGUACCGACAGUCAUUUGUUUCUGUUCAUAAAUGCAUCAGAAACAUACUUAACCUUCCUUUUUUUUCGAAACUUCACAUCAAAUUUAAAAAAAAAAGGAAUUUCCGCAAAAAAGACAAACACCUCAAUAAUAUGCUCAGAAAGACGAAUUUAACGAUAUAUAACAGAUAAAAAUCGGUGAACCGUCCGUUUGCUAGGAAUGUUCCCGGACUUAUUAGACUAUGAAUUCAUAAGAACUUAAGACUUUCUUAAGAAUCGACUAUGAAUCUACACCGAUAAGCAUUUACUUUCCUAAGCAAAUGCUUAAGCUGAUGCUUAAGGCGUUGCUUAUUCGGCGACUGUGAAUCUGACGGAUACCUUAAGCUUAUGCUUAAGACCAGCAUAGAAAUAAGUUGCGACUGUGAAUACCGCCCUCUGACGCUCAGUCCUUCUCUAUUCGUGACUAUCCAGUCCUUUUUCUCUCUCUCGUUUCUUGUCUUGCGCAGUGGGAAUAGAAAUUUCCAACGUUGUACGUUACUCACGCCCGUAUUCUAUCGCCGUUGCGUAUCCGUUUGAAGAGGCACACCUUGCAUCGAGAUUUUUCCGUUGCCGAGUAUUGAAAAUUUGCCUGUUGGUUGAGACACUUGAGGCACGGGAUAAUAUGAUCUGGGAUCGGAUAUAUCAGUGAGAUCUAAUAAAAGUUCUACAGUACUAAGCGAUGGAAUCCUACAAUAAAGAAACAGCACACAGCAAACUGAAACUCCUCGCUUGUAGUGACCCAAUCCUAUUGCCGAACCGUUUCUUUCAAGAAACCAAGAAAAAUGGUCCGAGCCGUAGCACGCUGUGAUGCGUUGCGAUGCAAUGCGUGCCUCUUCAAAAGGAUACGCAACGGUGAUACGAUACGAGCGUUUGACACAAGUGGAUACCCGGCUUUGGCUGGAUGUAUGCAAUGUUUGGGUCCCAAUUUCUCUUGCACUUAUCCAGCUUUUACUGUAUUAUUUUUCCACAUAAUAAUUAUUGCAACUAUUAACAAUACAUGAGAGAUGGGCCGCGGAAGCUCGUCCGAAUCUGCCCGACUGUACCCAACCGAACCCGAAAUAGUCGGGCUACCUGACUGCACGCAUGUAUCGGAUGCCCGCCCGAUUGCUGCCGAGCCCGCCCGAGCCCAUAAUAUCGGAUACCAUGCAAGUUAGUUACCUCCACGUGGACUAGAAGGAAGUUUCUACACGGAAACCCCCACCACGAUUAUGAAGUAACAUAUUUCUCAUGAAUACGAAAUAAUAUUAGUAUCGUUUCGACUACAGGAAGAGAUUUAUCAUGAAUUUUACUAAGGCGGAAACUCUGACGUUGAUUAAAGUUUAUCGUUCGAAAAGUGUAUUGUGGGAUCCCAAAAACCCUCAAUAUUAUAAUAAGAUAAAGAAAGAAGAUGCGUGGGAGGAAAUAAGUGAGAAACUUAAAAAACCGAAAGUACAAUGCAAAAGAAAAAUGGAAUACCUCCUCGCAGCUUUGAGGAGGGAGAAAAUAAAAUUGAAAAGAAGUGUUGACACCGGAAAGGGAACAGAUGAAAUGUAUCAAAGUCAAUGGUUUGCCUUCGAGAGUUUACAAUUCCUAUGGGAUAGGAAUAAAUCAAGGAGGACAUCAAGUACAAUGGAAGAUGAAAUACAAAAUACAACUCUAGAAGCGGCACAAGAUGAGGUGAUAGAAGAGACAGAGAUGGGAGAAGAUACCGAGGUGGUAAAGGUAGAACAGGGCCCGAGUACGAAUACCCCAUGCCUCCCAACGAAACCAGUUACCGCGCAAUGGCGGCAUACCAACCAAGAUGAACGCCUGGAAAAGGCAUUCCAGAUUCUCAUGGCCGCGUGUGAUCCAUCAGCUGAUGAGUGUCAGCAUUUUGGAAAUUUUGUUGCAGCAAAAUUAAGGGAACUGAACGUUUCCGAAAGGGUGCAUAUUCAAGUACAGAUGGUGCAGUUAUUUGCGCAAAUUAAUAAGUUAAAAUGUUCAUGUAAUAAAACCAAUAUAUAAUGUAUAAGGUA